CCUUGCCUAGGGAAGGGGAGGAAGGGAAGGCUGCAGCCUGAUGACCUACCUGAAGGGGAUGAGCCAGAUAGUGUGCGUCUUGGAACCUGAGGCCUGGAAAGAAAGAAGGCAGUGUGGGCAGAAAGGUAACUAGAGUUCAGGUCACCUGGUCUUAAUCCCAUGUGGGUAUUUUUCUGCAACUCAUCAUCCCUCCUGUACUAACAAUAUCCAGCACUCCUGGAGCAGGGCCCCUGAGGAUUUCACACUGAAAUCACUCCUGAAGACUCGACUUGCUUGCAAGUGUGUUGCAUACUUUCUACGGUGGCGGUGGCAGGAGCCGGUCCACCUAGCAUUCCCCGUGGCUUCCAAGCAUGGCUGGCUACCUGAGUGAAUCAGACUUUGUGAUGGUGGAGGAGGGCUUCACCACCAGAGACCUGCUGGAGGAGCUGACCCUGGGGGGCUCACAGGAUGAAGGGGCCUCCUUCUUUGUGGCCGACCUGGGAGAUGUGGUGAAGAAGCACCUUCGUUUUCUGAAGAGCCUGCCCCGUGUCAGACCCUUCUAUGUCGUCAAGUGCAACAGCAGCCCCGGGGUGCUGAGGGCCCUGGCAGAGCUGGGGCUGGGGUUCAGUUGUGCUAAUAAGGCAGAGAUGGAGCUGCUGCAGCACAUUGGGGUCCCUGCCCACAAGAUCAUCUACACCAGCCCAUGCAAGCAGGCUGCCCAGGUGAAGCAGGCUGCCAGUCUUGGCAUUAGAGUGCUCAGCUUUGACAACGAGGUGGAGCUGGCGAAAGUGGCGAGGUCCCAUCCCACUGCCAGGAUGGUUUUACGCAUUGCCACAGAUGACUCCUGUUCUCCUGCCUGCCUGAGCAUGAAACUCGGUGCUACUCUGAAGUCUUGUAGACACCUGCUAGAAACUGCCAAGAAGAUGAACAUGGAGGUGGUGGGUGUUAGUUUCCAUGUUGGAAGUGGCUGCUCCUCCGACCCUCAGGCCUUUACUCAAUCCAUCGCAGAUGCUCGCCUGGUGUUUGAAAUGGGGACUGAGCUGGGCUACCGGAUGCACAUCCUGGAUCUUGGAGGUGGCUUUCCUGGCACUGAGGACUCCAAAGUCAGAUUUGAAGAGAUGGCUUCUGUGAUCAACUCAGCCUUGGACAUGUACUUUCCUGAAGGCUGUGGAGUGGAUAUUCUGGCUGAGCCUGGACGUUAUUACGUGGCCUCUGCUUUUACCUUGGCCAUCAGGAUUGUUGCCAAGAAGGACAUUCCAUCAGAUCAGGCUGGCUCGGAUGAGGAAGAUGGGGCCUCUCCCAAGAGUAUCGUGUACCAUAUUUCUGAGGGUGUCUAUGGAGCCUUCAACUGUGUCUUCUUUGACAACGCUUGUCCCAUGCCCAUCUUGCAGAAGAAACCAUCUCCAGAUCAGCGUGUGUAUAGCAGCAGUCUCUGGGGCCCAACCUGUGAUGACUUGGACCGGGUGGCUGAGGUCUGGCUGCCAGAGCUGCAGCCAGGUGAUUGGCUCAUCUUUGAGAACAUGGGAGCCUACACUGUGAGCAUGACAGCCUCCUGCAGUGGGCGCCAAACCUGCCAGACUACUUAUGCCAUGUCUAGAGUCACCUGGGAAGCAGUGCGAGGCAGGCUUUUGCCUUCAGAAGAGGACGCAGAGGACAUGUGUAAACCCCUGUCCUGCGGCUGGGAGAUUGCAGACACUCUGUGUGUGGGCCCUGUCUUUGCUCCUACCAGCAUCAUCUGAGCUGCCCUCCAGUCUUCCCUCUGUCUCUUCUUGGCCCUGCUCCCCUACCUGAGAAUGGGCUGGUAGGGGGGUGGCUGCGGAAGCGGAUGGAUGCCUUCCAGGGAGGUGGGGGGAGGAGGUGGGGAACCUCUCUGAGGAGGCAAGGACUCUUGUGACCUCUGGGCCCUGUCCCCCCGAACCCCAUCUCUAGUGUUUCUGCCCUGUAAGUAGACCCAGUCUUACAAUCGCUGUAGUUAAAGUAUGCAACAUAAAUCCUGUCCCUUCCAAUGGUGUCUGUGUCCUCUCCAGUGCCAGUAAGUUCUGUCUACCUUCCUGGUCUGUCUUCUGUCUGUCCUUUCCCUCCCCUCCCCCAGCUUCUGCUGCUGGCUCCCACUUAUCCUCUUCUCUGUAAAUACAUACUAAUAAAUAUUUAGGUUUUAAUAUCUUGAGCAGAGUUGUGUCUGCCACUGUCUGGGGGUAAGUGGGCUAGUCCCUGCAUGGCCUUAGGCCAAGGCGGGAUCUGAGUUUGAUGGGGAACUCUAUCUCUUCUCUGCCCCAGUCUUCACUCUAGCCCAAAGCAGGCCUACCUUGAUUAGACAGACACUGCUUGGGUGGUAGGAUGGAAAGAUUUGGAGUGAAAGGGACUGCUGCAUGUGUGAUCUUGGAGAAAUUACUUUCCUUCUCUGAUCCUCAGUUUCCUCAUCUGUAAAAUAUGAGUAUUAGCCUAAAUAAAUAUCUCUUUCCUAUCUCCUCUUCUCUUCAUGAUUCCACAACCAAGGUGCAUUGAUUAAAAAAAGAUUAAUUUCUCAUGAUUAAAGAAUUGUAUGCAAUUA